UUUAGUUGCAUGUAGCCAUCAUAUCAGCGUAGUCUUUUUUAAUUGCGUAACUUUUGUGCAAUAACUGUUAAUUGAGUGAUCUAAAUAUAGUCCUUACGAAUGAAUAGACGUUCUUACCAUGGAAAACAAAAGUUCAAUAGAGUAUCUUCUGAUUUCACAGUCAAUGACUUUGCCAACACAGAACCAGGAAAAUUCACUGGCCUUCGUCUUAAGAAAGGAGAAGCAUGCAUAAAACAGAUGGAAAACAAAGACAUGAGUGAAGAGCAGGCAGACUCAGAUGUGGCCUGGUUUGACAGAGAUAUUGAUGAUUUUGAACUUCUGUCUGAAGACAGUCCUGGGGAACAGGAAGAGAAAGCCCUAAAGAAGCCUCCAUCCAAGAAGUGUUUGAAACAGAAACCAACAGAGGCUUGUGGGAACACUUACCCUAUUGACCUGUGGUUUCUUCUGUCAGCCAGCAUUCACCCAGAGUCAGUCAGGACGUUUGCCCUGCUGUGUUGCGGCAGUAACCAUGUGGUACAUUCCGUACAGUUUUGGAAGACCUUGUACAGACGAUUUUAUUGCAAAGAAGUUGGCAUUCCAGAGGAGUUAAGCCUGGACACUAUAGACUGCAUUCAUGGUCUACGAGCAAGGACAGUAAGAAUGCUCCACUUUGCCUACCCACCGCUGGCCAUGAAAACAAAAACCACGGUAUCAUUUGAAGCCCAGCCGCACUGCUUGGUGGGUCAGAGGUGUCUUCUUAUGUGGCAUCAAAAGGUCAGAAACUGCUGGAAAUUUUAUCUCCGCUUCUGCAAAGUUGACAAACUGGAUCUCAGUAGCAAUGUUUGGAAAGACAUUACCUCUCCCGAUUUUGACAAAUGGCAUCAAGACUUGUUCUAUAAUCCUAACGAGUACUCCUCCAUUUUAGAAGUGACCUGUCCGAACUAUAUUCAGAUUCCAAUGGCAAUGGGUCUCGUUCUGAACGGAGUGUAUCUGAACGUAAGCUCUGCAAGUAUGCGGUAUCAUCGUCUUAAGUUGGUAAUGGACUCGAGUUUUCGCGCCACAACGGCUAAAAAUCAGAACAGCCAGCAGGAGUUGGUUCUGGACCCUGUCUUGGACGUGAAGGUUUUCCCAUGGUGGCACCCAUUGUUUGCAGAAACUCAGUCUUUGUUUCUUGAACCCGAGUCUUGAGAUCAAUCCUACAAUAGGACUUAUUAUUAUUGAAGAUACCUGUUAUAUCUGUUAUUUUGAGCGUUUGAAAAAUAGUUUUGGUUUACCGAUACUAAUAACUAGUGUCACCGACAUUUUGUAAUUUGUUUAGGAGUACAUAUUUUCCGAAAUACAUGAAGAGCUCUUAUGUUACUUUUUUUAUUCCAAAUAUUCCAGCAUUGAAGUUUUAACAAUUAUUUAUUGUUUUGAAAAAGACAUCUCAAUUUGGAGUUUUGUUGUGUUUUUCAAUUUGUAUUAUAUUACUAAUAGCAAAUUGGACACUGACAUAUGUUUUUUAUUUUAAAAUAACAGUUAUUUGCAACUCCUGAUUUUUUUCAAUAUGUCAGUUACACUACUUUUAAGUUUUUAACACUCAGAAGAAGACAUGUAUUAGCUCAUGUCAAUUUGGAAAAUUUGGUAAAAACAUUAUUUUUACCCAAACUGUUUUCUUAAUAUUUUAAUAGUGGAUGUGUGACACCAAAAUAUAAACCAAAAUGUAAAGUAAAGUAAGCAUGUAUAAAAAUGUCAGUAAGAUGACUUAUUACAUUCAGUAGACAUUUUUUCCCUGUACCCUUAUUCUUCAUACUACUAUACUUAUGCCAUGAUAAUUUAAGCAAAGUCUGUUGUUUUCUGCAUUAGCCUAUACACUAUUUUUACUUUCUAGACCCCAUUGUUACAUAUGUUAAUGAAGUCUUGCUACAACUUUAUGGAAAAUAUGACAGCUAAAUCUGUUGUUUGCUGCAUUAUCACCAUCACUUUUGUAACUUUGUGAACCAUAGUCUUUAUAUGGUGAUAUUAUUGAAGUAACAUCUGAAACCUUAGUUUUCAUUGUUUGUAGUAACACUGUUGUUAAUUUUUUAUGCCUUGCUGCUGCCAUAAUCAACAAAAUUAUGUUACAUCUCAAAACUCUGUUUACAGUGUUUGCAAGAAAACUGUUUUUAUAUUGGUACUUAGAUACUCCAGGGUAAAGAUGACAGGUAACACUUUUAUAUUUGUACCACUUAUUAAUACUUUAUAUAAUUACCUCUUAUUGAAACUUUAUAUGAUUAUCACUUUUUGAUUUUCAAGUGAAUGUUUGUACAGUACUGAUUUGACAUUACACUUUCAGUCUUUAUGUUUAUAAGUACAAAAUUAGGCUGAUCAAGGGAUAUAUAUGCAUUUAAAAGGUAUAAAGAUAGUAAAAAAUUCUGAAAUGUAUAACACUGGCAGUAACACAUUAACAUAAUCUCUGGACGAAAUAUCCUGAAGGAGAAUAUAUAAAGCUUAUUGGUGAUCAUUGAAAUAUCCUGUAGGAAAAUAUAUCAUUAAGGUUAUUGAUGAUCACUGAAAUAUCCUGUAGGAAAAUAUAUCAUUAAGGUUAUUGAUGAUCACUGAAAUAUCCUGUAGGAAAAUAUAUCAUUAAGGUUAUUGAUGAUCACUGAAAUAUCCUGAAGGAAAAUAUAUCAUUAAGGUUAUUGAUGAUCAUUGAAAUAUCCUGUAGGAAAAUAUCAUUAAGGUUAUCGAUGAUCACUGAAAUAUCCUGUAGGAAAAUAUAUCAUUAAGGUUAUUGAUGAUCACUGAAAUAUCCUGUAGGAAAAUAAUUAAGAUUAUUGAUGAUCAUUAAAAUAUCCUGUUGGAAAAUAUAUCAUUAAGGUUAUUGAUGAUCACUGAAAUAUCCUGUAGGAAAAUAAUUAAGAUUAUUGAUGAUCACUGAAAUAUCCUGUAUGAAAAUAUAUCAUUAAGGUUAUUGAUGAUCACUGAAAUAUCCUGUAUGAAAAUAUAUCAUUAAGGUUAUUGAUGAUCACUGAAAUAUCCUGUAGGAAAAUAUAUCAUUAAGGUUAUUGAUGAUCACUGAAAUAUCCUGUAGGAAAAUAUAUCAUUAAGAUUAUUGAUGAUCAUUGAAAUAUCCUGUAGGAAAAUAUAUCAUUAAGAUUAUUGAUGAUCAUUGAAAUAUCCUGUUUGAGAACAUAUCAUUAAGGUUAUUGAUGAUCACUAACAAAUAUCCUGUAGGAAAAUAUAUCAUUAAGAUUAUUGAUGAUCAUUGAAAUAUCCUGUAGGAAAAUAUAUCCUUUUUAAUAAGGUAAUUGAUGAUCAUUGUUAGGUUUUGUUGUAUGUGUUUGAUAUUGCUGAGUGAACUAGGUACGGGAACAAUAAACAUAGUGAACAUGA